AGACAGAAAUCAUGGGUGCUUUCCUCCCUUGGUGUGCCUUUGCUGCUGUCAUUCUCCUGGUAAUUCAUGGAGGUUUGUGUGCAGAAAUCAUUGGAGGAAAUGAAGUAAAACCACACUCAAGACCAUUUAUGGCCCAAAUCAAGGGACCAAAAGGAGAUUUUUGUGGAGGAGUUUUAAUCAAGGAAAACUGGGUGUUAACAGCUGCACAUUGUAAAGUGGAAAAAAGCAAAGUUAUUCUUGGAGCCCAUUCAUUGAAAAAAAGGGAAAAAGAACAGCAGACUUUUAAGACUGCAAAAUGGAUUCGUCAUCCAUGCUACGACCCCAGUACCAAGGAAAAUGACAUUAUGCUGCUUCAGCUUCAGAGAAGAGCAAAGCUUAAUAAAGCUGUGAAACUAAUCUCCCUGCCUACCUCAGAUGAUGAUCCCAAACCAGGAACAAUUUGCACUGCAGCAGGAUGGGGUACAAUUGCCAAUAAUCUAUAUAAGCCCCCUACUGCCCUGAUGGAAGUCAAUAUCACUGUUAUCAAGAGGGAAAUCUGCAACAAUAAAUAUCAUUAUAAUGGCAAACCUGUCAUUACAGAGAACAUGAUAUGUGCAGGGGCUAAGAAUGGAGGAAAGGACUCAUGUAAUGGGGACUCCGGUGGACCUUUAAUAUGUAAUAAGGAGCUGAGAGGCAUCACUUCAUUUGGGAAGCCAAAGAGAUGUGGCAAGGCUGAUAGCCCUGGUGUCUACACUCGCCUGGCAGGGCAAUACCUCGAGUGGAUAAGGAAAACCAUAGGGGGGGCCUAACAGAUUGGGCUGGGGCCACGAUUUGUCUGUGUGAAAUGGGCUUUUAAACACAGCUUCACUAGUCUGGUAAGAGGAUUUGUCACAGUUCAGUAUUGUCACACUGAAUUUUGGCAGCUUGAUGUAGUUCUGCUAGGACAGCAUUUAUAGCUUACACUGUCAGCCAUGGAGUCAUUGGGGGUAUUUGGGAAUGGGGAUUCCAAGGUCCCUGGAAUUCAUGUUCACACUGAGCUCUACAUGGAUUGAUACUUCAGAUCAAGAAUCUAAUCCUUGCUUGUGUCCUCACUGCUUGCUGAGCAUUUGCAGCACUCUUCUGUACCUGGACUUCUGCAAAAGCCCUGUGAGUUAGUGGCAUGCUAGGUACAAGUACAGACACCUGAAAAAUUGAGUUUCUCUGCAGAAAAGCUCCUGGUUUUAUAGGUGUAGUAGACUGCUAAGCUUCAGAAAUUUUAGUUGCAGCAACUAUGGGACAUACAUAUUAAUUUUCUAACUGUCUGGUAUUUGAAACCUCUAGAUUUUAUCCCUUUAUGUACUUUGCAUUUAAUGAAGAAACUGCAAUAAAAA